CGUAUUGAGUCAGACUUCAGUCUUCACUGAGGCAGCAGUGAGAGAGGACAAUGCGGCGCACAAACUUCAUCACAUCACACACACCAUCAUCUUCACACUCGUCGUCAUUAUUAUUCUCUAAAUCCAACCGAGCCCAGCUGAGGAAGAAUGUCAGCCAACAACACCACGGUGUCCACAGAAGCAAGGGACUACACCUGCGUGCGUUUCUACGUCUCCACCGUGUCCUUCUCGGUGCUGCUCAUCUUCAACCUCAUCAUCAACUGGACCAUCGUGCGCGUGGAGCAGCUGCGGAGCCACGCGCGCUUCGUGCUGGUUUUCCACCUGCUCGUGUCCGCCCUGGUCCACAUGGGCAUGAGCAGCAUCUUCUUCUACCAGAUCCACCUGGACGCGCGCCCGGGCCGCUCCGCGUGUCUGGCCAUGAUCACAGUCAUGAUCAGCAGCGCGUCGAACAUCCUCCUGACGCUCACGGCCAUGGCUCUGGAUAGAUUCUGCGCCGUGUGCCACCCGAUGCGCUACACGUCGAAGUGCACCUCGGCGCACUGGCCCUGGCUGCUGGGUGUCCUCACCUGGAUCGUGGCUUUGAUCAUCCCUCUGAGCAUCCUCCACCCGGACUCCCAGGUGCUCUAUAAUGGAAAGUGCGGCCUGGAGCAGCAGAGGAAAGGUGGGCUGCAAAAGAUCCUCUUCAUCGCUUUGUGCGCGCUGCUCAUCCUGUACAGCUACGUGAGGAUUUUCGUGGAAGGACGGAGGUUAGGGGUGCUCAACCGGCGCAACCGAACCGGCUGCAGGACAAUCGCUCUGCAUGGGAGCCAACUUGCGGUUUACAUCCUCCCAAACUUUGUAAGCUUCAUUCUGACGAGGCUGAACAAACAGGACCUAAUUAAACCGGAGACUAAAGAGCUGUCCGCCGUGGUUGUCUUCGCUUUCUUCAGCUUGGCGCAGUGCGUUGCGCCGGUUGUUUACGGUUUGCGCAAAGAGGAACUCCUGGAGCAAUUGGGUCCCAGGUUCCCUUGCUGUGCCCGGUACUUCAAGGGUGUCCUCGGCUGGACUGUGCACGUCAACUGGACAAACAGACGGCAACAAUCACGGGAGCGAACUCUGACAGCGCAGACCAUCAUCUCUCUGGAGGUCCCGCAAGGCUCGGAGGACGAGGAGGAAACUAGACGAAUGUCAGGAGUUCCCCAUGAGAUGGACACGUCUGGGUGAUAUGGAAAAUGCCUGAUGUGAAAAAGCAUCAUCAGGAUCCCGUCAGUCACAGGACCACUCAAACUUGUGUUCUCAGCUGAGGCCUUGAGGAACUGAAAAAGCCUUGUUGGAAUUUAUUAUCCACUUCUACAAGUUUUGUCCUCACCAGCCAGUGUAAUAUUUUGCUGUAUUUUUUAGCUACAGCCACACAUUGUAGCCAUGCUGUCAGCAACAACAAAAGACAAUAUGGUUUCAAAGACAUCAGCAGUAUCCCUUCUGAAGACGUUUUCUAUUAUGCUUUAAGCUUUAGAUUUAAGCUUCUUCAGAUCUCAAGUUCUCAUGACUUGAAAUAAAAACAGACCUGCAUCAUUUGGGAUUACAAAGUCUGGGAUGGACGAUGUGCUUUAAGUUAUUGUCUGGUGAAUGUUGUGUCCAAGUUUUUGCUGUAACCUUGUGAAUAUUAGAGUUUUAGUUCAAUUGUUGUGAUGCAGCUGAGAAUUAGACAGAAAUACUUUUCACUACAUGUUAAAUGUUAGGUGUUUGAUUGACUGAUUGUGUUGUGUGUCAAUGGUUAUAGGAGGGUCGAUGCUAACAAAGUUAGCAGUUGUGUGUGAGGGCGUAUAGCCCAGAGAAUUCAUGCCAUUAUUAUUAGUUAACCAUUAAAGGUUUUUACUACAUUUUACCAUGUUGCAUGUGACUCAGUGUCUACCAGAGCCUUGUGAUAAUAAAAUAAGCUCAAUAAUGACUAGCUUAAAUUUGAGAUAGCUUCUUUUAAUCAAGUUAAUAAAUUGUUAAAAUUGGUUAACCUGGCCGUAGUUUUACUUGCUAUUGGACCAAAAAGCACGCUAACUGUUAGCCUAGCUUAAAGGAGCAAUAAGCUGCUUGCAAAUUUAAAAAACAAAAACGCUAACACAGCUUCACAAAGACCAUUGUUUGACAGUUUCCUUUUCCUGUCUUUAAGCUAAGCUAACUGGACCAUGGCAUUAGCUUCACAUUAAAAUGAUACCCUUUAGUAAUACUGUUUUGUUUUUUUACAUCUAGCUUGCUAAGUCUCUGUAAAAAAGGUUACUUAGCAAAAUAAUGACAAAAUAAUGAUAAAAAAAAAAAACUUGCUCUUUAAUAGCAAUAGUUUAAUAGCUUCAGUUUUACACAAUUUUGAGCUAGCAUUAAGCACCCUGGAAUAAAUAAGCCUCAAAAUCCUA